AUGGAUUUGGAUGAUGACAUGCCACCUGAGCUAGUCGAGACUGGCCAGGGUGUAGGGGAGGAUACUGAAGAUAUUCAGCAGAAGCCAGUGAAGGUGCCUAUUACAAUCGUCACGGGUUACCUCGGAGCUGGGAAGACAACCUUGCUCAAUUAUAUAUUGACGGCUCAGCAUGGCAAGAAAAUUGCCGUCAUCAUGAACGAGUUUGGAGACUCUCUUGAUAUUGAAAAGUCGCUCACCGUCAACAAGGGAGACGAGCAAGUAGAGGAAUGGCUCGAGGUCGGCAAUGGUUGCAUCUGCUGCUCAGUAAAAGACUCCGGUGUCAAUGCUAUUGAAUCGCUUAUGGAGAAGAAAGGAGCGUUUGACUACAUUCUCCUUGAGACUACCGGACUGGCAGACCCGGGCAAUCUUGCCCCUCUCUUCUGGGUUGAUGACGGCCUGGGGAGUACCAUUUAUCUGGAUGGUAUUGUCACGCUGGUCGAUGCCAAGAAUAUCCUUCGCAGUCUUGACGACCCUCAAGGGAAGAUUGAAGGCCACGAACAUGAUGGCCAUGGUCCGCUAAUGACUACAGCCCAUGUGCAAAUCUCACAUGCGGAUGUGAUUGUCAUAAACAAGUCGGACUUGGUCGACUCUGAACAGCUAGAACAAGUCAAGGCGCGUAUUCAGGCCAUCAACGGUCUAGCAAAGAUUCAUGUUACAGCUCAGAGUGCUGUACCAGAGCUGGAAGGCUUUCUUUUGGAUCUCCAUGCAUACGACCAAGUAGACAAGCUCGAUACUGCUGGAAAGGGCCAUAGCCACUUGGAUCCGACAAUAUCAACCAUUGCUCUCGACUUGCCGUUAUUGACGCCAGAACAGCUAGAGAUGCUGGACGGCUGGCUUCGGUCAGUUUUGUGGGAGGGUCAACUGCCCAGUGCUGGGCCUGAUCAAAGUACACCGCUCGAGAUCCAUCGGCUAAAGGCUCGACUGAGAAUCACCUCUGGAGAAGUUAAGAUCGUGCAAGGCGUUCGAGAAAUCUUUGAAAUAUUUGAUGCGCCAACUACUUCGCUUAGCGAAACAGCCGGCUCACCUGGAAAGAUUGUGCUGAUCGGUCGGCAACUGCAGGCAUCGGAAUUGGAGCAAAGCGUGCUUAGCAGUAUACGAUUGCACUGA